AUGGGGCUGGAGAAAAGGCCGUUUGUGCCACGUACUGCAGCACUGGCGGGCAGCCAGGCCUGGAGGGAUGGACGCGGGAGACAAGUUCUCAUGUCCUGCAGGGCUCUGUAUACAUAUGAGGAUGGCUCGGAUGACCUCAAGCUUGCAGCGUCAGGAGAUGGGGGUUUGCAGGAGCUCUCAGGCCACUUUGAGAACCAGAAGGUGAUGUACGGCUUCUGCAGUGUCAAGGACUCCCAGGCUGCUCUGCCAAAAUACGUGCUCAUCAACUGGGUUGGUGAAGAUGUGCCUGAUGCCCGCAAAUGUGCUUGUGCCAGCCACGUGGCUAAGGUGGCCGAGUUCUUCCAGGGCGUCGACGUGAUUGUGAAUGCCAGCAGCGUGGAAGACAUAGAUGCAGGCGCCAUCGGGCAGCGGCUUUCCAACGGGCUGGCACGGCUCUCUAGCCCUGUGCUGCACCGACUGAGGCUGCGCGAGGAUGAGAAUGCCGAUUUUAUGCCGAGCCGGUGGUCAGGCACCACCUAUCAGAAAACUGAUGCAGCUGUGGAAAUGAAACGGAUUAACCGCGAGCAGUUCUGGGAGCAGGCCAAGAAGGAGGAAGAGCUGAGGAAGGAGGAGGAGCGGAAGAAGGCCCUGGAUGAGAGACUCAGGUUUGAGCAAGAGCGGAUGGAGCAGGAGCGGCAGGAGCAGGAGGAGCGAGAGCGGCGCUACAGAGAGCGGGAACAGCAGAUCGAGGAGCACAGGAGGAAACAGCAGACUUUAGAAGCUGAGGAGGCCAAGAGGCGGUUGAAGGAGCAAUCUAUCUUUGUUGACCAGCGGGAUGAAGAGGAAGAGACCCAGAUGAAGAAGUCAGAAUCGGAGGUAGAGGAGGCAGCAGCCAUUAUUGCCCAGCGGCCUGACAACCCACGGGAGUUCUUCAAGCAGCAGGAACGAGUCGCAUCGGCCUCCGUGGGCAGCUGUGAUGUGCCCUUGCCCUUCAACCACCGAUCAGGCAGCCACCUGGACAGCCACCGGAGGAUGGCACCCACCCCUAUCCCCGCCCGGAGCCCAUCUGACUCCAGCACAGCCUCCACCCCUGUCUCUGAGCAGAUCGAGCGGGCCCUGGAUGAGGUCACGUCCUCGCAGCCUCCACCACUGCCACCCCCACCCCCACCAGCCCAAGAAACCCAGGAGCCUGGUCCCAGCCCGGAUAGCGAAGAGACCAGCAAGGAGUCCAGAGCCACAGCCCCUCAGGCCUGGGCUGGCCCUGUGGAGGAGCCCCCUCAGGCACUGGAGUCUCCCCGGGGGCAAGGCAGCCCCAUGGAGGACUUUAUGUUCAUGGUGGCUCCAGAGCAGGCUGUCCUGGCUGCUCCUCUGGAGCCUGCCAUAGCUGACACUGCUCCAGCCGACACCCUGGCAGCUGCUGCCACUGCAACCAACAUUCCUGNUGCUGACACCGCUAUUGCCAACACCGUCACCUCUGCCAGCCUCAUUGACCUAUGGCCUGGCAAUGGGGAAGGGGCCUCUGGACCCCAGGCUGAGCCUAGGGCCCCAACACCACCCUCGGGUGCUGAGGUCACUCUGGCGGAGGUGUCCCUGCUGGAUGAGGUGGCUCAGGAGCCACUGCCGCCAGCAGGUGAAGGCUGUGCCAAUCUCCUUAAUUUUGAUGAGCUGCCUGAGCCGCCAGCUACCUUCUGUGACCCAGAGGAGGCAGUAGAAGGGGAGCCCCUGGCUGGCCCCCAGGCCCCAACUCUGCCCUCUGCUCUAGAAGAGCUGGAUCAGGAACCGGAGCUGGAGCCAGAGCCUGAGCCACACCAGCUGACCAAUGGCGAGACCACCCAGAAGGAGGGGACCCAGGCCAGCGAGGGGUACUUCAGCCAAUCACAGGAGGAGGAGUUCGCCCAAUCAGAAGAGCUGUGUGCAAAGGCUCCGCUUCCUGUGUUCUACAACAAGCCUCCAGAAAUCGACAUCACCUGUUGGGAUGCGGACCCAGUCCCAGAAGAGGAGGAGGGCUUCGAGGGUGGAGAUUAGCGGUGGCGCCGCCCUCAGGCUGCUCUUGCCAAGGCUAUCCACGUGCGCCGCCUCUGGCCAGAUGGCCGGCUGCACCUGCACUCGAAGCAGCUCUGCCUGGCACUCACUCCGGAUUCCGGCCCUGGCCGGGGACUUGGCCGCUUACCUACCCACAGGGCCUGACUUUUACAGCUUUUCUCUCCCUUUUUUAAAAAAGUUGAUAGGAGACUUGUACAGUUGACUGGUUUUCCUCCCGUUGGUAGUUGAGACGCUGUUGCAAAUUCCAUCCCCUCCCCGCCCGGUCCAGAUUGUAGCGCUUAGUCCUCCCUGCUCACUCAGCUGGCCAGGGUGGAGGCCUCACCCUGCUUGGGGCCUGGCGUGGGUGGGAGUCUGAUGGGAAAAUGUCCCCCCAUCUUUUCCUAGUUUUGUUUCUUGGAAAAAUAUCACUUUGUAUUCUCUGUCCAGGGCUUCAGAUAUUUUGCACGAAUUUGAAAACAUGGCAAUAAAUGGCUCGUGGGCUCUGGCUCCCUGGGACCCCCUCCCCACCCUUCUCUUGACCCCUUCCCACCUGGCCUAAAGGAAGUAGCAGGCCCAGCUGGGGCCCCUCAGUUUCCCAGCCCUCUCCUACUCCCUCCUGCUGGGCGGGUCCCAGGUUGGAGGCCUUAGUCGCGAUUCAGGUCAGGGCUAUGGGUGGGGCCGGGGGCUAGGGUGGCCCCUUCCCAACUCCUUUGCUUGGGUUCCUUUUUCACAUUCAGUAACUGUUUUUUGGAAAGCACAAACUUCUGUAACGGGUCGUGCUCAUGUCUGUUAAUAAAGAAAUCCAGAUCCCUUUG